UUUAUUUUUUAACAAAAAAAAAAAAAAGUUAAUCUGAGUUGACGUUAAUUUAGACGUGAAAGCUAACGGAUGAAAAAUCGGUUUAGCAAUCAUUGUUUUUUCUUUGACACAUACAGCUUGCUUAGCUUCCUCCCACUUCCAUCCUUAUCACUCAACAACAACAAAAGAAUCCUUCUUAACUUUUUUUCAUCUAAUUUCUUCUCUAUAACUCCUCAACCAAGUUAAUUAAUUUUUAGUUUGUUGGGAUGAGGCCAGAACAAUUGCAUGUAGCACAACAAAUCAGGCGUGACAAAUUAAGAAUCCAGAAUCAUAUGCAACAAGAAUUCCCUAACAAUAAUAUAGAAGAAUUAUUAUCACUACAUCAACCACCACAAGGUUUCAAUAACAUGGAUCUUCUUCAACUCCGAAACGCCGCCAACAACAACAACAACAACAACAACAACAUGCUUGAUGAUGAAACAGGUCAUUAUUCAACUAAUCAACUCAUAAAUACUUUUUCAACAACAUCAAAUCCUUUACACCGAAACCCUUUGGAUUAUGAGCUCGCUAUAGCCGAACCAAGUAGCAACAUUAAUCGACUCGGUUACUAUUACACAAAUGAAACCAAUAUUCCUAACUCUUUCUUAACUUCUCAUGAACAAGAACAACUUAACAGUAAUGAUAUUUUCAAGUCUUCAACUUGUUCUUCAGAAAUGGCUUCUUUAAUGCACCAUCAUAGCAUUUGGGGAGGUGUGAAUAGUCAUAAUACUAAUACUAAUAGUAUUGUGCCUAUAUUUCAUGAAAAUCAAGCAAAUCCUCAUCAAUGGACAAAUAGAAGCAUCACUGUUGAAAACAACAACAACAACAUGGGUGGUUCUUUCUUUAAUGAUUAUAAUCCUCAAGGUUUAAAUUUAUCACUUUCAUCAAAUUCACAAUCAAAACAACCUUCAAGUACUUCUACUUCAAAUUUUGACCAAGGUUCUUUAAAUAUUGUGAAAGUUUCUAAAGAAUAUGUAAAACCAAUUCAUCAAGAACAACAACAAUCUAGUACUAGUAGUAUUGGUUUUAGGAAUGUUGGUCCAUUAGGACCAUUUACUGGGUAUGCAACAAUUUUGAAAAAUUCAAGGUUUUUAAAACCAUGUCAAGAGUUGUUAGAACAAUGUUGUUGUUGUGAAAAUGUUCCAAAAUGGGUUUCUAGAGAUGUUGUUGUUGAUGAUGAAAGUGGUGGUGUUGUUGUUUCUGCAAAAGGUAGUACUAGUAAUUCAGGUUCAUCUUGUUCUAUGUUGUAUGGUUCAAAAGAGAAAGAGAAUAGUAAUGUUGAUGGAGGAAUUGGGAAUAAUUUUUGUCUUUCUUCUUCUACUUCUUCUUCUCGACCAGAGUGCCAAAAGAAUAAGGCUCAGUUACUGUUCAUGCACGAAGAGGUGACAAGAAGAUACAAGCAAUACCAUCAACAAAUGCAAAUGGUGGUAUCAUCAUUUGAAUCAGUAGCUGGUCUUAGUUCAGCUACACCAUACAUUUCAUUGGCUCUAAAAUCACUAUCAAAACACUUCAAAUGCCUUAAAAAUGCUAUCACAGAUCAACUCAAGCAUACAUGUCAAGUAUUGGGAGAGGAUUUUUCAAUACUACCAACCACCACAAGUAGUAGUAGUAAAUUUGAUAGCAACAAUAAUAACAUGACAAGGCUAAGGGGCAUGAAUCAGAGUAUUCAAAAGAACAAAUCUGGAGGGAAUAGUAAUGUUGACUUUGUUGAACCUCAACAACAUGUUUGGAGGCCCCAGAGAGGGUUGCCAGAACGUUCAGUGGCAAUUCUUAAAGCUUGGUUAUUCGAACAUUUUCUUCAUCCGUACCCCACGGACACUGAUAAACACAUGUUGGCUACACAAACAGGUCUAUCAAGAAAUCAGGUAUCAAAUUGGUUCAUAAAUGCUAGAGUCCGUGUAUGGAAACCAAUGGUUGAGGAAAUACACAUGCUUGAAUCAAAAGGCACAACAGAAGUUCAGAAUCAGAACAAUAGUAAAAAUGAAGCCUCAAAUGUUCUACCACAUGAAAAACAAUUUCAGUGUUUGGAAGUUGGGUCAUCAUCAGGAAUUAACAAUGUUGAAAAUGAAGAGCAAUGGAAUAAUAUUCAAGAGAAGAGGUUUAAAUUGGAAAAUGAUCAAAUUACAUCAAACAUGGAUACAACGGUUAUGGGUUUUAUGCCAUAUCAACGCGGAUCCGUGUCGCUGACUUUGGGUUUGAGACAAGGGGUUGAAAAUGCGCAACACCAACAACAGCAGUUGCAACAAGAGGUGGAGCUUAGACAUCAAUAUGGAGGGCACAUGUUCCAUGAUUUUGUGGGUUAAUUAGUUAGCUGAUUAUCAUGUUUUCUAGAGAAUUAUUGGAGAUGGAAAUGAACGAAUAAUAGGAUGACAAAAUCAACCCUUUGAUGGACUUAAAGUUUAGGUGAAUCGAGUCUUAGAGGUUCAUCCGAUUAAAAGACAAUGGUCAAUGAUUCGGUUGAGAAACAAAGGGCCUGCAAAAUCGAGGUAACAAUCGGGUUGAGAGAAGUAGUAAGUAGUUAUGUAGCACCAAGAUUGUUCGACAUGCCUCAUUGUGUGACACUGACAUGACAUUGAUACAUGUGGUUACAUUUAAUUAUUCUAUUUUUUAAAAUUA